AUGUCUUUUGUGGAAAUUCACGAUGUUCUCAUCGUCGGCGCCGGGCCGGCCGGCUUGAUGUCCGCCACCGUGCUUUGUAGGAUGGGUGUAAAGCCGAUGGUAGUAGAUGCUACCGAUUACGCAGAUCACCAGUAUGGGCGCUCAGACGCUCUUCAUUGUCGGGCGAUGGAGGUCAUGGAGAGUCUCGGUCUCCCUAUGGAUCAGAUUAGGCACAUGGGGAGAAAGCUCUACGGACGCUCGUUCUGGGAAAACUCGGGGAAUGCAUCGAAACGCACCGCUUUCGCGCGUUUCUAUCCUACCUUUCUCGAUCUCAACGAGGACUACGCGCUUUGUCUUCGACAGGGUCUUAUCGAACAAGUCCUUCUGCAAGAUGCCCAGCGCCAUGAGGAUGGGUUGGAUGUACAAUGGGGCUGGCGCUUCCUGUCGAUGGAGCUGGCUGUUGGACCAGAUGGCUCUACCAAGGUUCUCCUGGAGAACUCACAGACACAUGAACAACGUACUGUCUUCGCGCGAUAUGUUCUAGCUUGCGAUGGUGGCAAGUCUCAAGUGCGUCGCUGGGCUGCGCCGCUCGGCGUCUCAUUGAAGGGAGAAGCCCUCUCGGUGACCUGGUGUGUCUUGGACGCAGUCGGCAUAAAUAGCGACUUUCCUGAUCUUGAACGCCUCUCAGUCAUCCGCUCCGAUAAAGGCAUCGUACUCAUCAUACCCCGCGAGCCUAUCAAUGGCAAGCCUGCCGCGCGUUUCGACAUACAGCUAGAGAAAUCCCGCGACGAAGUCGGCGCUGAGGACAUCACUCAUAUGAUUAAGGAGAUCUUUAAGCCCUUUCGGCUCGACUGGGACGAGGUGAACUGGUGGUCGUCCUAUGACGUCGGCCAGCGGUUGAUCAAUCAGUAUGAUGUGGACAACAAGGUCUUCUUCAUCGGAGAUGCCUGUCAUACUCAUAGCCCUCGCGCGGGUCUUGGGCUCAAUACCGCUCUCUUAGAGGCUCACAAUCUAGGCUGGAAGCUGGCUUUGGUGCUAAAGAAGCUUGCUGGACAGGAACUGCUUGCUACAUAUGCCUCUGAACGGUAUGCCGUCGCGGAAUAUCUGGUGAACAUGGAUAGGGAGCUGGUCGGGUUGUACGCGGGGCUUGAAAAUCAAAACAUGAAGGAUUUUUCCUCGCGCGACGUGGGUGAAUGGCUCGAACGACUCCGUCUAUUCCAGACUGCCAAUUUUUCGUAUCAAGCCGGUGCUUCGAUAGUUUACGAACCGAGUGUUAUCGUGCGCACUGCAUCCGGAAAGGUCGAUCCGCUCGAAGUCGGCAAGCCUGGGAUACCUGCAGGCUCGCGGACGCGCCCAGCAAGGGUCACUCGUCUCUCGGACUCCAAUCCUGUCAACGCACAGCCAGCCUUUGACGGCCGCUUUGCUAUAUACGUGAUGGCAGGGAACCUCGAGGUCCCCACUACGCUCGACAAGCUCAAGGAGCUCGAUACAUACCUGCGCACGUCCGGGUCUAUCUUUGCGCGCUACGGCCAGGAUGUUGACGUGCACGCGAAGCCCAUCUCACGGCGUAUGCCUAGCCUUGCAGCUCCGCAGGGUAAAGAGGCGCCCGAGAUACCGACGGGACGUGCCCUCUACACCUACAGUUACGACGAUAUACCGCAGAUCACCGACGGCUUUUGCGCUCCGCCUCACUCUCUUUUUCGCAUGAGUGUGGUGACCACCACGUCAUCGAGCGAGCGUGUCAUCUUAGACGGCGUCAUGGCUUUGGCGUAUCCUCGUGCGGGUACGCCUGAAGCGCAGCAACCGUCGCGCAUCUUCAAUCCGUCCCAUCUAUUCUGCGAUGACAUCCCGGCUCUUUCUCCCUUCCGUUCUACGGCACCCGAAGUAGGGGAUAUACUUGAGCAUCCGAUGCAUGCCAAGUGGGCGGUAGAUGAGAAGGAGGGAGCAAUAAUCGUCGCCCGCCCAGACGGUCAUGUCGGUAUGCGUGUCGAAGGUUUUGGGGAAGCGCAGUGGGCGGAGAUUGAGAAGUACUUCGACGAGUUUCUCCAGUGA